AUGGCCGCAUUCUUCAUACCCCUUCUGAUCAUCAGCUUCCUUUCUGUUAUAUCUUCCGGUGCAAAUGCAGAAAUACAGUUUCAUGAUUUCAUUGUUCAAGAAACCCCCGUGAAGCGACUCUGCAGAACGAAGAACGUGAUUACAGUUAACGGGCAGUUCCCAGGCCCAACACUAGAGGUCUCGGAUGGGGAUACACUUAUCAUCAAAGUUUUGAACAACGCGCGUUAUAAUGUGACAAUCCAUUGGCAUGGGAUUCUUCAGCUUGGGACUCCAUGGGCUGAUGGUCCAGACCGGAUUACUCAGUGUCCGAUCCAACCAGGAGCCAGUUACACGUAUCGGUUCACUAUACUAAACCAGGAAGGAACGCUAUGGUGGCAUGCUCAUAGCAGAUGGCUGAGAGCUACUGUCUAUGGAGCUCUCAUUAUCCAUCCAAAGCUUGGAUCUUCUUACCCUUUCCCACUGCCCAAACUAGAAAUCCCGAUUCUUCUUGGCCAAUGGUGGAAUGGCGAUAUUAUGAGCAUCCUAAACCAGGCGAUGUUUUCAGGAGGUGCUCCGAACGUUUCUGAUGCGUACACUAUCAAUGGGCAACCUGGCGACCUCUAUAGAUGCUCGAGCAAAGAUACGAUGAGAUUUUAUGUUGAAAGUGACGAUAGAAUUCUACUGAGGAUAAUCAACUCGGCACUCAAUCAACAGCUUUUUUUCACAAUCGCAAACCACAAACUAACAGUUGUCGGAGUUGAUGCACUCUACAUCAAGCCAUUCACAACCACAACCCUUAUGCUGGGCCCUGGACAAACAACUGAUGUUAUUCUAGUUGCAGAUCAAGCUCCGGGAUACUACUACAUGGCGGCGCGUGCAUAUGAAAGUUCCCAGAAUGAACCAUUUGACACCACCACCACCACCGCCAUUCUUGCAUACAGAUUCGCUCCAUGCAUCAAUAGGCAAAUCGGGCCACCAGUAAAACCGGUUUUACCAAGAUUACCGAAUUACAACGAUUCAGUAACUGUAACUGCGUUCACGAGCCAACUAAAGAGUCCUUCAAAGGUCGAGGUUCCAACUGAUAUAACCGAAGACCUGUUUUUUGCAAUCGGGUUAGGUCUAGUGAACUGUAGCCCUGGACCCACAUGUCAAGGCCCGAAUAACACAAGAUUCGCUGCUAGCAUGAACAAUGUAUCUUUCGUGUUACCACAAACAACGUCGUUAUUACAAGCUCAUUACCAAAAUAUACCAAAUGUGUUCACUACGGACUUUCCUCCUGUUCCACCAUUGGUUUUCGAUUACACAGGGUUUUGGCAACUUCAAUCCAGGAGAUACUCAAUUCGCUUCGUUGCCAAUAAUCCAGGAGUUUGGUUAAUGCAUUGUCACAUAGAUUCGCAUCUAACUUGGGGAUUUGCUAUGAGCUUUUUGGUCGAGAAUGGACCUGGAAAACUAGAAUCUAUUGAAGCUCCGCCUUUAGACCUACCUCCAUGUUGAUUCAUAUGAUCAAAAGAAGAGAUCAGCAGUCAAGAUUUCUGAGUUCCAUUUCCCAGAUUCUUCCUUCUUUUAAAAAACCGAGGAUGUAAUCAGAUGAUGUUCUAGAUUCUAGACCGGCCCAGAUUUGUUCUUACCGUUAAACUCGAGAUUUUUAGGCUUUUCAUAAAUUGUGUAGCCAUUGUGGGACUAGGGUUCGUGCCCAUUGACGGAUCUUUAGUUUAUUCAUAUUUUUCCAUCCGAAAUGGUUGAAGAAACGGAUCAUGCAUUUAGGGUGUGUAGAUGUAUUGUGAUGAUUCUUCCACGGUUGUUUUUUAUUUAUCCACAUAAUUUUAAAGUUAACCGACAAUUACGCCCUGAUUUUAAAAAUGAAGAG